AGGUUUAACUAAGUGAAAAAGAACAAAAUAAAAAGAAGACAAUCCUAAAAUAUCACGUAACAUAGUUGGCUGACCUCAUUUCACUGAAUUACGAUGUCCGAAAUAAAAGCAAAUAUUAGCAUACCAUUUCCAUUUUGUGUUCAGGAUCUCAACGACUUCCACACAUUUUUCAAUAGCAUACACUAUCAGCUGUCGUUAUGUGUUUGCAUAUUUGGAUCAAUCACAAACAUUCUUAAUCUGGUCGUUCUCACUCGAAAAGAUCUCCGAACACACAUCAACUUUAUACUUGCGGGACUAGCAAUUUCAGACUUCCUCGUAAUGGUGAUUUACAUACCAUAUGCAGUGGACUAUGCAUUCAACAUCAACACAAAACUUGAAAGAUUUACUUAUAGUUAUGCUUUGUACGUGUUAAUUCAUGCAACUUUAAGUCAAACGGCUCACACUAUCUCGAUAUUUUUAACAAUAUUUUUGGCUCUUUGGAGAUACGUCGCUGUUUGUCAUCCACACAAAAAGAAUUUCUUUAUGAGAAAAACUUUCCACAUCAUUGCUUUUUCUUAUAUUUAUUCUGUUUUUGUGAAUAUACCCAUCUACAUGUCACUGAAAAUAAAGGAAUUCAAAGUCUUUGACAACUCUUCCACGACAGAAAUGACAAAUGAAACUAAAACCCUCUACAAAGUGUGGCCAUCGGAAUUCAUAGAACAUCAUGAAAAAGCUUAUCUUUGGGUGUACUCAGUUAUUAUCAAAUUAUUGCCGUGUAUCGCUUUAACAUAUUUCUCAGUUCAAUUAAUUCGUGCACUUUAUGAAGCUAAAAGACGAAAAGCUAAACUAACAGGAAAUGUUUCAAUGAAGUUAUUAUCAAAGAAAAAGCAAGCGGACCGAACAACAAAAAUGCUUGUUGCAGUUUUAUUACUUUUCCUGAUAACUGAGUUUCCACAAGCUAUAAUGGGACUUCUUUCAGCUCUUCUUCAUGAAAGUUUUUAUCAUUACUGCUACCAGAAGUUAGGUGAUUUAAUGGAUUUUCUUGCCUUGCUCAACAGUAGCAUAAAUUUUAUCCUCUAUUGUACAAUGAGUCGACAAUUUCGUGAAACUUUCGCGAAUAUUUUUCUCCCAAAGUGCCUUAAACAAAGGAUAUCACCAGAAAGAUUAAUCGAGAUGGAUAGCCGGGGGCAGGUUGAAACAAUUCAAGAGACACAGACACAAAUGACACAACUCUAGUGAAGGUUUUUCUUUACAAGGCGAUGAAGACAAUGCCAAAUCAACUUUUAAAAAUGCUUCGAAAAGCUUUUUCUUCUAAGAUUAUUCAGAAGAUAUCUAAUAAAUAAUUAUUUAUGGAAAAACCUUGUAUGUAAGAAUUCAUAAAUUAUUUUUAACUUUUAAGUCAUAUAAUUGAUAUCAAUGUAAUUCCUUUGAAUAAAUGUAUUAAAAGAGAUUCCAUUUUCCUUUAAUAUUGUGACAAUUCAACGGUUAUCAAAUAUCAAAAAAGCUUCUUCUUAAGGAGUGCGUUUAAGAUUGCUAGUCAAUAUCAGGCUGCUUUCCAACAUUGCUAAACGUACUCAAAACAAGUAAAGUAAGUGAAUUGAAUUUAGAAAAUAAAACACUUAUUCAAACUUUAUAAGCUCUUAAUGUAGUGGAUAAAUGAUAAAUUGUGAUAUGUACUUCAAAAACCAACGUUGCUGAUAUGAAAUUAAAAUUUUAAAUCGCAUAGAUAAAUUUUCGUAAUAUUAGUUUUAUAACCCUCCAAAGAUUGACUGGAUAUUUAAAAUUUCUCAACUGUAAGCAUACAUUCAUAAAUAAACAUAUAAAAGAUUGAUAGCCGUUUCUUAAAAUUAUAAUAAUCGUUAUGUAAUGUUUCUCAAUGAUAACAAUUCUACUUAUGAAAGAUAUCACAAAAGUCAAAUAAAGUGUGUUGAUUAAUUGGUGAUUGCAUA